AUGGCGGCCCAACCUCUCCUAAAGGCUGGCUUGCGAAAAACAAUUGGAACGGGACAAACAACCCUUGUCUGGGUGGACCCAUGGAUCCCGACGUCCCCAGCUCGUCCCGCGAUUCCCUGCGGCUCCUCUUUUAACCCAUCCCUACGUGUUAGCGAUUUGUGCAACGCGGCCACAAAGGAGUGGAACGAUGAACUCCUCCAAGAGCUGAUCGACCCUAAUGACAUCCCUCUUAUCCGCAGCCUCAAGUUGAUGAGCUCUCCUCGCACCAUUGGUUACUGCUGGAACCUCACGGCAACGGGCGUAUACUCGGUAAAAACUGGAUACGCGCUGGCGAUGGAAUUAUCAGAGCCCCCAAACUCACAGCAAGUGCAUGAGCCUAGCAUCAAAGCGCUUCAAGCAAAAGUAUGGAAGAUCAAGACUUCAAAAAAGAUUCAGCACUUCAUCUGGCAAUCUAUCUCCAACUGCCUCCCGGUAUGCAACUCGCUCGUGGAUCGCCACUGUGGCACCGAGCGACACUGCCCUCGCUGUGGUUCAGAAGAAGAAACGCCCAAUCACCUGCUCUUCGAGUGUCCACCAUCGAUCCAAACUUGGGCUCUAGCGGAUAUUCCGCACUCUCCGGGGAUAUUCCCGUGUAGCUCGAUCUAUAGUAAUCUGAAUCAUGUCAUAUGGCGCACAAACAUCUAUGCAAUUCCAGAUUCUAUUAGCGCAAAAAUACCUUGGCUCUUAUGGUACAUAUGGAAAGCACGCAACGACAAGGCCUUCAAUGGUAAGGACGUCUCCCCCCUUGAGACUGUCCAACUUGCACAAGCGGAAGCGGAGAGCUGGUACACUGCACAGACCGUUGAGCAAUCACAAGACGAAGCACCGGACGACCCUCCCCGCUUGACGCCGGCACCUCACGUUCCAGUCCCCAACUGCACGCUCGACGCCUCCUGGCACAAGGAUGAUAAAUUUUUUGGCGGAGGAAUGGUUCUAACUAACGAAGAUGGGAUGAAGACUUAUGGUUCAUUUGCUAGUAACCGAGUCCUCACCCCCCUACACGCAGAGUUCCAAACUCUUCUGUGGGCUAUGAAAUCUUCUAUCCAGUUGGAUCACUGCUCAAUGAACUUCAAGACAGACUGCCUUCAGCUAGUCAGGCUACUUGAAGAAGAAGAAGAAGACAACUGGCCAUCUAUGUUGGCCGAAUUUGAUGAGUUCCAUCUCAUUCGUUCUAUGUUUACGUUUUUCUCUAUAUCUUUUAUUCCUCGUUCUCUUAACUUCCGAGCUGACCGUCUUGCAAAAGAAGCUCGGACUCGAGGAUUCUCUUUUUCCCAUGUAAACCCUCAGCUACCAAGCUGGAUGGCUCCUGAGGCCAUCCUCUCGGUAACUUCUUAA